UUUUACCCAAGUUAGAUCUAGGGGCCUGUGGAAACAUGAAGAGGGUAAAUAGCUGUGUCAAGAGUGAUGAGCAUGUCCUGGAGGAGCUGGAAACAGAAGGGGAGAGGCAGCUGAAAAGCCUCCUUCAGCAUCAACUUGAUACCUCUGUCUCCAUUGAGGAAUGUGUAUCUAAGAAAGAGAGCUUUGCUCCUGGUACUAUGUAUAAGCCCUUUGGGAAGGAAGCAGCUGGGACUAUGACUUUGUCCCAGUUCCAGACACUGCAUGAGAAGGACCAGGAGACUGCUUCUCUCAGGGAACUGGGGCUUAAUGAAACAGAAAUCUUGAUUUGGAAGAGCCAUGUUUCAGGUGAAAAGAGGACGAGACUUAGGGCAACCCCUGAAGCAAUACAGAACCGUCUUCAAGAUAUUGAGGAAAGAAUCUCAGAGCGUCAGCGCAUCCUUUGCCUGCCACAGAGAUUUGCAAAGAGCAAACAGCUGACCCGGCGAGAAAUGGAAAUAGAAAAUUCUUUAUUUCAGGGAGCUGAUCGUCACUCUUUCCUCAAGGCUCUUUAUUACCAAGCAUACCACAAAAAGACAAGUGCAGACAAGUACAUGACCUCAAUGAAGAGGAAGAUAAAAUUAGGCACAAAAGAUGAACCCCAAAAGAAGAACAAAGGUGAUCCCAUGAACAAGCUGGAAAGUUUUUACCAAGAGAUGAUAAUGAAAAAGCGUCUUGAAGAGUUCCAACUAAUGAGAGGUGAACCCUUUGCUUCCCACUCACUGGUCUCAGCUACAUCAGUGGGAGAUAGUGGCACAGCUGAGAACCCGUCAUUACUCCAGGACAAGGGAAAACAGGCAGCACAGGGUAAAGGUCCCAGUCUCCAUGUGGCAAAAGUUAUUGAUAAUUCACCUGAGCAGUGUUGGACUGGGCCUAAGAAGCUGACGCAGCCAAUAGAAUUUGUCCCAGAAGAUGAGAUCCAGAGAAAUCGUUUGUCAGAGGAAGAGAUCCGAAAAAUUCCUAUGUUUUCUUCAUAUAAUCCAGGGGAGCCAAACAAGGUGUUAUACCUGAAGAACCUUAGCCCUCGGGUGACUGAAAGAGAUCUUGUCUCAUUAUUCGCUCGGUUCCAGGAAAAGAAAGGACCUCCAAUUCAAUUCCGAAUGAUGACUGGACGAAUGAGGGGGCAGGCUUUUAUCACUUUUCCCAAUACAGAAAUGGCAUGGCAAGCAUUGCGUCUAGUAAAUGGAUAUAAGCUACGUGGGAAAAUAUUGGUGAUAGAAUUUGGAAAGAACAAAAAGCAAUGGCCAGAUCUCCAGGCUGCUUCUCUAAUAUCAUCUACUACAGAUAAUACUACUGAAAUCAGUGGCAGUUAGAAGAUACAAAAAUUGUGAGUCCCAGGAGGUCUUUUUUACAUCAGAAUUUAGGAUCUAGGGUUUUUGUAUAGAUAACAGUUUGUUUGGAAUUGAAGAAGAGAAACUGAGGGAGAGAAAGCAAAAUUAAGAUAAUCCCUUUUAGCUUUUGGAAAGAAUUGGCAGAAUACAUUUUCUAUAAUCAAAGAUUAUCUAGGAUAGACAAUAUAAUGAGUGUAGAGGGCUGUGUAUAAAAAGUAUCAUUUUCUCAGGAUAAAUUACAGUAGAUUACUUCCAAGGAUUUUUUAAAUCAUUGUAAUUUAUAUUAGGUCUUAUAUAUUUGUCCCUAGAGAUGACAUUCUUUCCAAGACUGCCUCCUAUAUAUAUAUAAAACUAAAAAACUAAUUAAAUGUUGAAAUAUUUCUAUCUAGAUCCCACUUGUCCCUAAUUUUAUUCACCUAGUAAAUAAGUGACCAGGGGCCUAAACAUCAGCAAAUGCUGUUGAAUUAGACCUUCAGCAGUAACAGUAGGUAGUUUUCAUAGGUUAGUCAGCAAAUAUUUAAUGCACACUUCCCUAUUAAGUUAUCACUGUCUUCAAAAAUCUGUUCAUUUUUUCUAAUGAAAGAAUUUAGAUCAAAACAUUAGUGUUCUCACAAUCAUUUACACUAGCUAUCAUUUAAUAAUGAUUGAAUUCAAAGCAAUAAGCAUUGAAUCAUAGUCAGUACAUGUUAGGGAUUAAAUAUAUGAAUUUUAGAAGAGGAACAUACUAGCAAAGAAUACCAAAGGAGGGUAGAAAGAAAGAGCUUUCUAGAAGAGAGGCAGCCAGCCCCAAGUCCCCCAGUUGUUUGUUUAUAGUUGCUGGAGAAUAGAAAAAUGACAUGAUAUAGAGGAAGUAGUAUAAACUUUGGAAUCAGACCUGUUUGAACUUCACAGCCAUAUUUAACCAAUCUGUGACUUUGGCAAGUCAUUAAAUCUGAGCCUCAUUUUUUUAUCUAUAAAAGUGAGGAUAGUGAUAUUACUUCAUUGGGUUGUGAUGAUUAAAUGUGAUUGUAUCCAGAAUGAAGAUCAGAAAGAAAAAAGAAUGAAAACAUAACAGAGUAUAGAACCAUUAAGCACUCUAAUGUACUUGUAAUGGGAAUAUCAGAGAAAGAAAGGAGCAGAAAAAAAUAUUCCAAUAAAUAAUGGCUGUAAACACCCCAAAUUUGAUAAGAAACAUUAUCUACACAUCCAAGAGAUCGCAAUGAAUCCCAAGUAAGAUAAACAAGAAACCCACAAACACACCACAAUAAGAAUGCUAAAACCCAAAGACGAAACUUUCGAAAGCAAAAUGAGAUAGAUGAAGCGUCAUUUACAAGGAAACUUCAGUAACAGAUGACUUCUCAUCAGAAACAAAGGAGGUGGCAGUGGGAAAAUUUACUCAAAGUGUUGAAAUGAAAAAGAACUGUCAACAUAGAUUCCAUAUUCAAUAAUGCUGUUUUUCAAAAAUGAAGAUGAAAUAAAGACACUCCCACACAGUCAAAAACUGGGAGAAUGUGUUGCUGUCAGACCUGACUAGCAGAAAAUAUCAAAGGAAGUUCUUCAGGUAGAAAGCAGGUGACCUCAGACAGUAAUUUGAAUCUACACAUACAGAAAAUUAGCACUGGUAAAGGUAAUUAUGUAAUUAUAAAAGAUAGUCAAAAUAUAUUUUUCUUUCUUAAUUGAUUUUCAAAGCUAUUUUAUCAAGCAAUAUAUAUGUAAUUGCAUUAUUGGAUCUAUUACAUAUAAAACUAAUAUAUUUACCAAUAGCAAGACAAAGGUAGAAACAAAACUGUACUGAAUUAAUGACUCCAGGUGGUAACUCAAAUCCCUAGGAACAAAUGAUGGAAACAAGAAAUAGGAAAUAAGAAGGUUAAUAUAAAAAAGCUGUAAAUAAUAUACUUGCUCUUUCUUCUGUCAGCUUCUUUAAAAGACAUGAAAUUAUACUAAGUAAUAAUUAUGAUGACAUAUUACUGGGUUUAUAACAUGUAGAGAUAACACUACUAACAUCACAAAAAAUGAGAAAAGAAAUAGAUUUACAUAAGAAUAAGGUUUUCAUAUCUCAUUGGAAUUUAGUUAGUAUAUAGCUGAAUCCAGUUAAGAUGUGUAUGAUAAACCCUAGAGCAACCACUAACAAAAUAGCUAAAAAUAUAUAGUAAAAAUAUUAAAUACACUUAAAUGUCUUAUUAGAAAAUGUCCAAUGCAAAGGAAAGUAAAAAGAGGAAUGGGGAAAUAAAAACUUGAGACAGAAGUAUGAAUGGAUUAAAUAAUCUAGUCAAAAGGCAGAGAUCAUCAAAUGGGAAAAACAAACAAGACUUACCUCUAUGCUAUUUAUUGUAGUCACACUUUAGAUUCAAAGAUACAGAUUGAAGGUUAAAGGAUAGAAAUAUCAGGCAAAUGGCAAUUAUAAGAAAGCUGGAGUGGCUAUACUAUUAUCUAAAGUCUAUUUAAAAUGAGCUUUAAAGCAAAAAAAAAAUUCUGUAGAUAAUGACAUCUAUUAUAAGCACAUAUGCAUCUAACAAAAGAGCACCAAAAUGCAUGAAUCUAAAAC